AUGAGUAUAGGCGUUGAACUGCUUAAGAACUUUAAGUAUAUUCAUAACUUAGCUUCGAAAAUUAGCUCAAAUUCAUUGGUUAGAACUAGAUCUAUUUUGAGAAAAAUGGCCACAGAUACCAUCGUUGAUAUUCAGAAGGCAGAGUUAAAGAGGCCAUCUGAGAACGUUGGUGUAGAUAAGCCUCAGCGCCGUACGAAAAAGAUCAAACUUAGAAAGUAUAAGGCCAAAAAAGUUGAUGCUACGUCUCCUUUGGGAGUGCUGCAGUCUGAGAUAGAUGCGCUGCUUGGGGAGCACAAUUUGAGCCGCGAACAAAUUACUAACGACGUUAUCGCGAUUUUGAAUGACAUCAACACUCAGACGGGUCCUAUUGCCAGUGCUUAUCAUCGCGAGGUCUCUAAUAUCCCUAUUUUAAAGAUAACCGCCAAUGGUAGCGGUUUGGCGUUAAUAGAUAAUCCAGUGGAGAAGAGCAAGAAACAGGUCGUGGUGGUGCCUUUUGGUUUGCCUGGAGACAUUACUACGAUUAAGGUCUUUAAGACUCACCCUCAUUAUGUAGAGAGUGACCUAUUGGAAAUCACUGAAAAGUCCCCCAUGCGUAAGGACGAGCUGAUUAAAUGUCGUUAUUUCGGAAAGUGUUCCGGUUGUCAAUUUCAGUCAUUGUCCUAUGAACAGCAGUUGGAGCUCAAGAAAAACACCGUCAUCAAUGCCUAUAAAUUCUUUGCCCCUGAAUUGGUUCGUUUGGGCGUUGUCCCAGAGAUAGGAGACACUAUCGAGUCUCCUCUUCAGUUUAAUUACAGGACUAAACUGACUCCCCAUUUUGAUAUGCCCAAAAAACUUAAACAAUUAGAAAUGAGGCCCCCUUUGGGUUUUGGUCAAAAUGGACGUCCAACCUGGAGGCAUACCGAUGCUGGGGGCCAAGGAAGUAUUUUAGACAUUGAAGAGUGUGUGAUCGGCACGGAAAUCAUCAACAAGGGAAUGUCAAAUGAGAGGAAAAUCUUCGAAACUAAUUACACUAAGUAUAAAAAGGGUGCCACUAUACUUUUGAGGGAACACACAAAGGUUUUGGAUCCUACUCAAGAUGUAGAAUCGCAAUUGGAUGAAGGCUCUAAAGAUCCGGAAACUGGAUGCAUUUCCCAUCUUGAAGUUGAGCUCGACAAAAAGUUAGUCAAGACUUGUGUGACGAACACUCGUCAAGUCGUAACUGAAUAUAUUAAUGGCUUUACGUUUCAGUUCUCAGCUGGUGAAUUUUUCCAAAAUAAUAACAGUAUUCUGCCAAAGGUAACGAAAUACGUGUGUGACAAUCUGAAGAUUCCAGGGUCUCAGUCGGACGACCCACACUAUCUAGUCGACGCUUAUUGUGGCUCUGGUCUGUUCAGUAUUACUGCUUCUAAGGGUGUAGACAAGGUAAUCGGUGUUGAAGUAUCUGCUGAUAGUGUUUCUUUCGCCGAAAAGAAUGCUAAAGCAAAUGGGAUCAAGAACUGUAAAUUCAUUGUGGGAAAGGCUGAGAAGAUAUUUGCAUCAAUUGAUACGCCGUGUGAUCGCACCUCCGUUAUUCUUGACCCUCCGAGAAAAGGUUGCGACGAUGUCUUCCUCAAGCAGCUAUCUGACUACAAUCCUUCAAGAAUUGUCUACAUCUCGUGCAAUGUGCACUCUCAAGCAAGAGACGUGCAGUAUUUUUUGCAGAAAACAGAGAAUGGUAAAGCUUACAAAAUUGAAAGUAUCCGAGGAUUUGAUUUCUUCCCCCAGACCCAUCAUGUUGAAAGUGUGUGUGUUUUGACCCGGGCGUAA